CAUCAAGGUCAUCUCUUCCAACUAACUACAUCAAUUAAUUCCUUAGAGCAUGAUGAAGACUCCUACAAAUGCAUCAAAUCCUACAUAAAUGUUGUAUAACUCGAUGAGCUUAGCCUCUUUAUGAGCCAUAAUAAUGCCUUUUCAUUUAUGUAUUGAAUAAUCUAUUUUUAUUCGUUACCUCGGAACAUAACCGGUGCGUCCGAUAGUCGAUAAUAGUCGAUGAGAGAGCCAAUGAAGGUUGAGAAAACGUAUGAGCGAAUGAAGGAUGGGCUGUGGCGCCAUGAGAAUUUCGUCGGGAACUCGAUGUUCUAUGAGAGCCUCAACGCUCAUGAAAAUUGAGCAACCAUGCCUUCAACUUUCGAUCACAUCUUGGAUUCCUCCAAGAAGGAAAAGCCCAAGUCUCCAUACGAUAGUGAAACUUUUGAUGCCGACGUGACCAUUCAUGUCGAUGGCCUCGUGGGAUCCGCUACUAUAUCACCAUGUGGUCGCGAUAUCGCUCUUGCAUCCCCCGAUGGACUAGCCAUCAUCGACCUUGAUUCUCCCUAUAGCCCUCCUCGUCGCUUGAGUAGUCAUGGACUCCCAUGGCUGGUGGUCGAUGUGCAAUGGUCGCCUUUCGCCGCCAGAGACUAUUGGGUAGCUUCAACAGCGAAUCAUCGCUGUCUGGUUUGGAAUUUGAACCUAAGAGAAGAUUCUGCCACUGGAGCUAUUGAGCACUCUCUCCAAGGUCAUAGCCGGGCCAUCACAGAUGUAAAUUUCUCUGCUCACCAUCCCGAUAUCCUCGCCACCUGCGCUGUCGAUGGUUAUGUGCAUUGUUGGGAUUUGAGGAGACCUAAACAACCUGUCCUUACAUUUAGUGACUGGUUCGCCGGAGCUACCCAAGUCAAAUAUAACCGACAAGAUCCCAACGUGCUUGCUUCUUCUCAUGAUAGAUGGCUACACAUCUGGGAUGAGAGGAAACCUUCUGCGCCUCUUAAAUCCAUUAGCGCGCAUACAUCCAAGAUUUACGGUCUCGAUUGGAAUCGUUCUAAGGCUACUAGUAUUGUUACUUGCUCCUUAGAUAAGAGCAUUAAGUUCUGGGAUUAUAGUGUUUCCGAUGAACCGGAAAGAAUCAUUCACACGGAUUUCCCCGUGUGGCGUGCUCGUCAUACCCCUUUCGGCUAUGGCUUAUUAGCUAUGCCUCAAAAUGAUCCUGGGAAUCUCUAUCUAUACGAUGGUCGUCGUGACGAAGGGGAAGCUAUUGAUAGCACGAUUAAUCCACGAAAUAUCUUCCCUGGCCACGGGAACCACAAAGUAAAAGAAUUCUUGUGGAGAAGUCGUGGGACGAUUUCCGAUGGGAUAGAUAAUCGAGAAUUUCAACUCGUAUCAUGGGGUGAAGACAACGAAUUACGUCUACACAGAGUCGACUCGGAGACUUUGGAGUCUAUAGGCCAUGUCAAAGGCGGCCCGGCAAGGAACAUCAACAUCACGAGAAAGGGAGCUGCAUAUAAGACCUAUCGCGCUGUUGACGAUCAUGCGAAUAGAGAAAAGAGGUUAGCCACAAUGAGCGACUCUCGCCCCAGCAGUGGAGGAGGCCAGUUACGCCGCAGUGCUCUCACUAUGGGAAUGCAGACGAUGUCACCACAUUACCCUCGUUCCGGCAGUGGAGUUCCAAGCUGGAAAGGACCGUCAAUGAAAGCAAAAUCCACACCAGGGAAGAUAAUCGAAAGGAGUCUAGACCAGCUCGGUUGGAUGAAGGGCAUCACAAUGAGUAAGAAGUCGGGGAUGAUAGGCACACCUCAAAGAAAGGAAUCCAGAGAUUCAACUAUGUUCGGCCACAAUUUUCAUGACGAGCAUUGGGGUGAGCCUGAAACAUUGCAGGAAGAGAUCGUCCGGGUCAGUCAACAACUGCCAAAUGUCAAAUGGGACGAUGUCGAUAUGGAGUCUCUAACUCUAAGAGCUUCCCUCAAAGGCCCAUGGGGCGCAGACGGUGAUACCAUUUUUAUCAAAGUCAAAGUGGACAUCCCAAGGAAUUAUCCGAAAUCGAGAGCCCCAAUAUUUAUCGUCGAGAAGACAGCUUUGAUGACAGACCAAACAUUCAAAAAGCUCGACCGAGAAAUUCAUCAACUAGUAAGCAGCCAUUCAAAAAAGCGACAAAAUUGUCUCGGGGUGGCUUUUAGCUACUUACUUGGAGAGGUAGAUCUUUCUAGUAGCGAUUCCCUCUUCAAGAAUGUUAGAGAUCUGGAUGAUGAUUUGGGUGGACUUGCGGAUGAAAGCUCAAGUGAGGAAGAGGAUAACGAUAUUCCCACUGGCGCUUCCGCGAUCAUGUCUCAGGAAUUAACUGCGAGCACUGAACUAGACGCUACACUUGCGCCGACAAAUCGGCCUACUAUACCGCCAAUGCCGCGUUUGUGUGGUUGUCGGUUUUCAAAUGACGGAAGAUUAGUCUGUUUCUUCCCUACUAAGGAAGAAAAGGCUAGGAUUUCCUUCUUUCCCGGUUCCGAUACCUACAGGGAGCGCCCUAAAGGUGAACCUAGCUUCGCUGGUUUUGGUAGACUCCAGCAAGAGUCAUCAGCCCCGAGAAACAGGUACACAAAUGAUGAAGCCUCCGCAACAGAUGAUCAAUCCGAUUCAGAUGAGGGAGAAGAAUCCUCUAGCUCGAGCGACUCCGAAACUACAUAUAUGCACAAAAUCAAUAUGUGGUACUUACCGGGCCGACGUUUCAGAAAAACAUUCAGCGGGAGUUAUUCUAUGCACUCGAGUGGUGGAGGAACUGGCAUUGGCACGGGUACAGGUACCGGAACAAGCAGACGUCGUCCAGGAAAACCCAAAAACAUCAUAUCAAUUCAUAAUAUCGCUAACGAUUUGCCCUCCCAACGAGAAUUUGCUCGCGAAUAUUGUAUCUUUGGAGACGGACCGGACGUUUGUCGGCACAAUGCAGCUGUAGCACAGAAGUAUGGCCGAUCGGACCUGGUAGACGUUUGGAAUUACGCGGCCUUAUUGCUUCGAAAGGAUAUCCCCCUAGAACUCUUAGGGGACGGUCGAAACGGAGAAUCAAUACUGGUCGUUGCCAGAAACGCCGUUUCCCUUCUCGGCGAUGGGGGGCCGAUCUCCACGGAGUCGGAGUUAUCUACACUUGCUGGUCGGGUCAAGUGGGGGUUCCAUCCUCUUGCGAAAGAUUUGAUUGAUGACCUAUUCAAUUAUUUCGAAAAGAUGGCUGAUGUACAGAUGCUUGCUAUGCUUUCAUGUAUAUUCAGCGAGUCAUCGGCCGAGGAUAGUGUCGCUUAUGCAGAGUCACAUCUCACUCAACCGGAAACGCCACUACCUAUGAAGGCACCAUCGUUCUCAUUGGAUUAUUUCCCUACAGAUGCAUCGCUUUGGCAUUCCAGUCUCCAUACUCAUAAAAGCCAAGCAAAUUCGGCGAUCUCUACUCCUAAAACGUUACACACACCUGUUAAUCUCGUCGGUUCUUAUGGGUCCGAGGAGAUUACGUGGGGUGGUGAUCCAAAAUCUAAUUCGUAUUCCUGCGGGGAGACGCCACCUACAACUACGCCACGAGAACCAGAUGGUGAUCCAACUCAGAGCUUAGCUGCGUCGCCUGAUAAUCGAUUACUAACCCGUGCAAAUACCGCUUUAAGUGCUGGUUUGGCUAGUUUUCCUAGGGCUUUCACAAGUGUUGCGUCAACGUCUCCUCCUAGUCGAAAACGGCCUAGUCCUGGAGAGACGUUCCUUUCCGGUCUUGCACCGACAAAUAUCACAUGGGGCGGCUCAACGAUUCUCGGCCCCACGCCUGAACCGCCAAGUACGGCACGCAAUUCAUAUUCCGACGAUGACAUACGGAACGACGAUAAUUUACCACUCGUAUGCUAUGGCAUAUCCACCGAAUUAGAGGAUCAGUCGAUCUUCGAUGAUGAUGGCUGGCUUGGAGUCCCUUUUCUCGAGCCAACUCGUUACGCCAUAUAUGCAAGCUAUCGCCAUGCGUACGCAGAAAUGCUACAAAUGUGGGAUCAACCCUUAGCCCGUCUUGAGAUCCUGAAGUUCAACGUUCUCAAGGAGGAUCUUUCUGGUCACCAACCUAUGAGUUUUACCAGUUCGGGAGCGGCUAGUUUCCACGACUCGUACCAUAGCACGGAGAAUAUAAGCCAAGGCUCGCGCUCACACCACGGAGCGAACUCACCUAUUGUUCUAGGGAAAAAGGAACUCUUACAAUCGCUGAUCACUUCUGACCGUGGUAUUGAUGUAACUGGUAUCUGUCGCGUACAUGAGACUCGUCUUGAUCCUGUAGGGUCGACACAUGUCAGCGCGGCGCUUGGAGGCGCAGUAGGUACUUGCGAUCGCUGCAAGCGCACACAGACACAAUUGCUGUGUGUAUUCUGCAACGAGCCGAUCGACGCGCUAUACCCUCCAUGUCUAUCAUGUGGCUGUGCGAGCCACGACGCCUGCAUCGCAGAAUGGCAUGCAGCAGGCGAAACAGACUGUCCCGCAGGCGAUGAAUGUGAUUGCGUAGAGGAAGCAUGUAACGGGCAAGUCGAGACGUGGGCUGCAAUGAUGGGAGCUCUCCGCCAAGGAAAGAUUCGCAAGCCAUCAGACGUUGAACUAGACGAAAAGCUCAAUGCUAUCGAUAAAUAUGACUGGGAGAAAGUUGCUAGCGGCAAGCAAAUCCCGCUUGCGGAUGGCCAGGGUAAGCCUCUGGGCCAACAAGCCCCGCCGCACAUCUCCCAGAACCCUAUGUCGGCUGCUAGAAUCAGCCUUGGGAAUAAAUUGAGGAAGUCAGCAGGGAAUUGGGGGAGUACUACGUCCUUAAGGAAGAAGUCUGGGGGUCCGGGACCUGGGAGUAGGCGAUGAAAUAACAGCUUGGAAGAGGAUGGAAGAAUAUGAGCGAGUGCUUGUGUAUGGAUAUGGUGUAUGAGUACAUAUACUUCUCCUAAGCGUCUAUGG